ACCAUGAACUUUGAUGUGUUGGUAUCAAACUGUCUCUCCUCCAUUUUGGGAGCAUUGGAUGUGUUUUCUAUGAAAACCUGUUCGGCUCGUGCGGCUCUGAGCGUCUUUUCCCGCCAGUUGUCCCGGUCUUGGCAGUGAGCGUUCAACCUUCGUUUGCUAGUUGGUAGCUAAGUAGCUAAGCUAACUUGGUUCGCAACCUCACCUUGUUCGGCACCAGAACCACGCUGAGUUUCUGGUUGUGGCCCCUGUUUUACCUUGGUCCGGUAUCGAUUUUACUUUACCCCAGUUACCUAAUGCCUGCCCCGCGGUGCGUGACGCCAGCGGUCCCAGUCGCGUCACCUCGUCGUGUGUGAGUGGUUCGGAGCGGACCUCCUUCAGAGACGAGCAUUAGGCUGGCAUGGACAUGCACUCCGUCAAGCUGCGUCGAUAAGUCGAUGAAGAGCGACAACUGUCGUGUUAAGCGACAGAAACCUUUCACCCUCACAGAGCACCGCCAGUGUUCGUCCACCCUGAGCCAUCAGGAUGUUGGAGGGUCUCGUUGCCUGGGUGCUUAACACUUACCUGGGAAAAUAUGUCAGUAACCUGAACACGGAUCAGCUCUCGAUCGCACUACUGAAAGGUGCUGUGGAACUGGAGAACCUCCCUCUGAGGAAGGAUGCCCUCAGGGAGUUUGACCUGCCGUUUGAAGUCAAAGCAGGCUUUAUUGGGAAGAUUACUCUCCAGAUCCCUUUCUACCGCCCUCACAGUGACCCAUGGGUCAUCUCCAUGUCCCAGCUCAACCUGAUCAUCGGCCCUGCCCAGCUGCAGGAAUACGAUGCAGAAAAGGAGCAGGAGGAGGAGAGGGAGCGCAAGAAACGCCUGCUUAAGGCUCUCGAAGACAGAUUUAAAAGUGAGUGUGAACAGAGGGGAGAGUCGUACUGGUAUUCUGUCACUGCUUCUGUGGUCACCAGGAUUGUGGAAAACAUCGAGCUGAAGAUUCAAGAUGUGCAUCUCCGAUUUGAGGAUGACUUCUCCAACCCGGAGAAACCGUUUUGUUUUGGAGUCUGUAUCAAGAGCGUUUCAGCACAAAACCCUUCCAAAGAGUCUAUUCAAAAGCUUGUUCGACAAAAGCAGCUGGAGAUCGAAGACUUUUGCGUAUACUGGGACACAGAAUGUGAAAUGCUGGGAAAUCUGCCUGCAAAUGAGAUCCAGGAGUCAAUGACCGAGUGUAUGCAGAGCCGUGUGCACCAGUACAUCUUUGAGCCAGUUUGUGCUUCCGUGCUGCUUAGACGAAACGCGUCCAAGGAGCCUCUGAGGUCCCGACACGCCCCAAGGAUUGAGGGCCAGGUUCAGCUGGAACCCUUGUCCUUACGUUUGUCGCAGGUCCAGUACCAGCAGAUCAUGGCAUUUCUUAAAGAACUGGACCGCCGGGAGAAAGAGAUGCUUUACCGCAAGUGGAGACCCAAAGUACCCAUUUCUGGGAACGUUCAGCAGUGGUGGAAGUUUGCCAUCCAGGCAAACCUCAGUGAGAUCAGGGAGCAGCGACGGCGAGGCAGCUGGGAGUUUGCCCUCCAGCGGGCUCGAGACGCCCAAACCUACACCAGCCUGUACUUCAGAAAGCUCAAGGCGGUCCCACUGACCCCUCAGGAAGAGAGUGAGUUGGAGCGUGUGGAGGAGGAGCAGUUGGUGGAGGAACUGCAGAGUCUCAGAGAAAUUGUCCACGACUGGUUCAGAAAGCAGGAAGAGCUGGCAGAGAAUGUGCGAGAGCCUAGUACUGACCCUCAGUCUUGUUCACCCACCACAUCCAUCCCUAAAAGCGGCAGUGGGAUGAUCCAGUACCUGCAGUCCUGGUUUCCAGGCUGGGGAGGAUGGCAUGGAGAUUCCCAGGACCCAGACCAGCCUGAAGAGCUGCUGCCGAGUCCAUCCUCCUGGGACAUUCUAGCGGAGACAGAGGACUUGUUCGACCCACUGGAGGACUCUCACACACUGAACACGUUCACCAAGCGGGACCACAUGUUUGCCCGUCUUGAGUUCCUACUGGAGAAGGGUGCCGUCACGCUCUUCCACCAGGAGAGGAGGGGUGGCACGCUAAGUGAGAGUGCAGUCAUCCAGCUGGAGUUCUCAGGUGUGAAGGUGAUCGUGGAGUCGCUGCCUCGCACUGAAUCCUCCCUCCUGUCCCUUCAGCUCGGUGGUUUGUUCCUGAGAGACUUGACCACCCAGGGCACCAUCUUCCCUGUCUUGGUCUCUCCCAAAACGGACAAAGUUGUUUUUACCACUAGUCAGCCAUCCAGCCAGACCAGCAGCUCCUCAGAGAUCUUGUCUUCACCUGUGUUUGAGAUGAUUUAUGAGCGUAACCCAGCAAGGUGCAAGUUUGAGAGAAGAUUGGAAGUGAAAACGAGUCCACUAAACAUUGUCUACAACCCACAACCAAUCAAAAAGGUGACAGAGUUCUUCUACAAAGGAAGGGUUCACACCUCCGGUUUUGGCUACCAGUCUGAGCUGGAGCUGCGAGUGGCAGAGGCUGCUAGGAGGCAAUACAACAAGCUGAAGAUGCAGACCAAGGCAGAGAUUAGACAAACCAUUGAUCAGCUGCUGGUUGGGGAGUUUAUUGAAAACAGUAAGCGUUGGACCAUGAAGCUGGACAUCUGUGCACCUCAGGUGGUUUUUCCUGAUGACUUCCAGUCUGGAGACCCAAUGCUGGUCGUGGUCGAUUUAGGCAGGAUUCUCCUCACAAACUCUCAAGAUGACACUAAGGCCAGUCCAAGUCAUAUGCAGCCUGAGCGGGAGGACAUGAGUGAUGACGAGUACCAGACGCCACUCGCCACACCGCCAGACUCUCCACCACCAGAACUAGAAAUGCCUUUGAAAGAGGCCAGAGGCCCUGAACUGAUUAGCCUCCCAUCACCUGAAAAUACACAGGCCUAUAACAGAAAGCUAUAUGAGAAAUACUCCCUGUCCUUUAAGGACCUGCAGAUAAUGGUUGGUCGCUAUAAGGACAACUGGAAACAUCUCCAAGAGAGUGAUGUUGGUCCUACUCAUGUGGUGGAGAAGUUCAACGUGUUAUUGCAGCUUGAGCAGAGGCUGCGCUACACGUCAGAUCCCCAGCUCCCUGGGGCUGUUCUGUCAGGAACCCUGCCAGACCUCAAGGUCCAUAUCAACCUGGAGAAGAUGACUGCCCUGAGGAGUUGUCUGGCAAGACUUAGCAGCCCCUCUGUGACCGAAGGGGACGAAAGCCAGGAGAGAGGCCCCAACAUACGGUCUCCCGACCCUACCCCUCUCCGCCAUGAUAAGAUCUUUCAGAGAGAGGACAGCUCCUGGAAGCUGCAGGAUUCAGCCAAAAACCUGACCCAAAGUGUGAUGACAUUAGAGCAGCAUACGCGGGAGGUCUUGGUGGAGUCUCGUCUUCUGUUGGCUGAAUUCAACAUCAAUUAUAUGCAGCUUGGUGUAGAGAGUGAUGGACGCUACAUAUCUGUUCUUAAGGUAUUUGGCACAAAUGCUCAUUUUGUCAAGAGGCCGUAUGAUGCUGAAGUCUCUCUGACUGUCCAUGGCCUCCUGCUGGUGGACACUUUACAGACCUAUGGCUCAGACUUUGACCUGCUCGUGGCUUCUCAUAAACAUCUCAGUUUUGACAUACCAACUGGCAGCCUCAAAGAAAGCCAGCCCUCAUCCCCUGUGCUGUCACCUGAUGGCAAGUCUUCCGAACAUCUGGGUCAAAAUACUGAGACAUGCCUCCCCAUGUCUAUGGAUAGAACCUCUCCUAGUUCCUUUCUCAAAGAUCAGGAGGCUCUAAUUAAGCUUGAGUACCAGUUUGUGAGUUCAGACUGUCCCUCCAUGAACCUGGACAGCUCCCUUCAAGUGAUAAGCAUGCAGGUCAAUAACCUAGACAUCAUUCUCAACCCUGAGACAAUGGUGGAGCUACUAAAGUUCCUGCAGAAGUCCUUCCCCAAAGAGGAAGGCACCUGGUCAUCAGUGCAACAACAAACAACUGUGCCUUCCAGAGGAGAAGAGGAGGGGACGUAUCAGGCCACAUAUGACCAGAACAAAGAACUGACUGUGGAGAUCCACCGCCUUAACCUGCUUCUCCUCCGCACCGUGUCCACAGGUACUGUUCUUGUUGCUGAGAAAAAGGGUUUGAAGAUUGCUACUGCCAGCAUCAGUGGCACAAAGGUCAACGUGUCCAUGGGCAGUCGCUUGGACAUCAAUGGUUCACUUGGGUCUAUGCAGUUGGUCGAUCUGAGCCAGGAGGGCGGCCGAAGCCAGUUUGUAGUCAGCAUCGGUAAUGUUGAGGAAAAUCCCUCAAGUGUUGGCUCGACCAUACCAUUCCUCUCUGAUGCAGGAAGUUCCCUCUCAGAAGCUUUAAAUUUUUGUCUUGUGGAGAAAACUCAAGGGGAGUGUUCCUUGCACCUUCAUAUGGCGUCUUUGCACUAUAACCACUCAGCCAAGUUCCUUAAGGAGCUCAGUUUAUCUGCCAAUGAGGUAGAAGACAAUUUUCGCUCUAUGCUAAAAAGUGCUGCCACCAAAGUGUCAACCGUUCUAGCCACAAAAACAGCAGAAUACAGUGGUAUGGUUUCACUCUUUGAGACUCCUUCACGGAGGAGUCGAACUCAGAGUCAGAGCUGGGCUUGUUCAUUUGAGGAUGAGGAGGAUGUGACCACAGAGGAACCUGAAUCCACACUAGACAAGUUCUUGGUUAAACUGACUCUCAACAUCGGCAUUGAAUCUCCAGUUGUGUCUAUUCCACGAAAACAUGGGCACCCUGAGCUCUUGGUCGGUCACCUGGGAAGUAUAACAAUCCAGAAUUUUGUCACAGGGCAGGACUCUGAAGGAGAGAAGUUACAAGUGUUGGUCAAGGAUAUUCGGCUUUAUUCACUCAACAUGAGUAAUUUGAUAUUCAAGAGGCCACUCGGGGGAGAAAACACUGGCACUAUGUCACCAUCCCGCAAUGGGAGCAUCAGUCAGGAUGAGCAGCAGUUCACACGGCAAGACUUCUUUGAGUCUCUGAGUCGGGGAAAAGCGUUCCAUAUUUUAAAAGACACCACUAUACAGUUCACCAUGGAGAAGGUUUCCAUCGAUGAAGACGCCCAGUUUACUCUACUCACCACAGAGGAGCCCUGCCAAAGCACCGGUUUACUGAGAAUCGAGGGAAAAUUUGUCAAACCUGUUCAGGUAUUCUUAUGCAAGCCGGUGUAUGAACAAGUGCUUCAGACGCUGGACAACUUGUCCCUGAUUGAGGAACACCGUGUUACACCCAGUCAACCGCCAACACCGCCUCCACCAACACCUUCCUCUACACGUCCUCAUCGCUUUCCUGACCCACAGGGGGGACUAUUUGCAAGAGACCCUCCUCAUAUCAGCUUCUCCCAAGCGUCGCUUUCUUCUCCUUUGCCUCUGCAGUCCCACAAACCUGCUCCUGAUUCUACCUCAUUCACUCAAAUUAAAGUCACGUUGCACGUGGCAGAGUUGCAGGUCCAGCUCAGUGCUGAUCUUACUCAGGGCUCUCAGGGCUUAGUCAGUCUCCACUUCCAAGACCUGGAGGGAGACUUUACUAAAGACCAUCCUCACCUACUGGCAGUGCAGCUGGCUCUGCGCUCGCUGCUUAUGGAGGACCUCCUUGAGCAGAACCCUGAGUCCAAGUACAAACAUUUGAUGGUUUCCCGUGGAGCCCCCAAGCCCUCUACCUUCUGUCCAAAGGAGUACCUUUCGCAAAGCUGUCCAUCAGCAUCCAACGCACUGUGCCCAGACAUGCCUCGCUCGCUUCCUGCCCACAUGGAAGAGGCUCAGAAUGUGUUCCAGCUCUACCAGAGGCAUCCCAGCCAGCCUGCAUCUAGUGGCCGCAAAUCCAAACAGGACUCGAACUGUCCCAACACCCCACCCCCCUCUCCAACUCGACACAUUCAUACUCCUGAGCCCCCCCCAAACUUUGACGACUCAUUAGUUCAUAUCAAUGUGCUGCUGGUUGACCAGAACCACCCAGAGUUCAAAACACGGUACGGCAGUGUAGCACGAAGCGUAGACGUGGACUUUAACUGUCUGGACGUGUUGAUCACGCUGCAGACUUGGGUGGUUAUCCUGGACUUCUUUGGAAUCGGCUCCACAGCCAAUAAUCACGCAGUGAAGGUGCCGCCAACGCUGCCUCCACCUGUUCCAGGAUACCCUCUGUACGAGCUGGAGCUGGAGGAGGAUGAGGCAGCAACCGAGCCCAUCAACACAAAAGUGGACCUAAAGGUGCAUUCCUUGUCUCUUGUGCUUAAUAAGAAAGUGAACGAGCUGGCUAGAGCCAGUGUAUCUAAAUUAUCAGCGCACCUGGAAAUGUUGGAUGGAGACCUGGCAUUACAGGGAAGUUUAGGAAGUCUGUCCCUAAGCGACUUGACCCCACAUGGUCAUCUGUAUCGAGAGCGCUUUACCACUCGAGGGGGGGAGGCUCUAGUUUUCAACAUCUAUAAGUACGGCCAGCCUGACCCUUACCUGGAGAGGGAAUGUGACAUCAAGGUGUCUUUGCAGAUGGCCUCGGUGCAGUAUGUCCACACCCAGCGCUUCCAGGCCGAGGUGGUGGCCUUUAUCCAGCACUUCACUCAGCUACAGGACGUCCUUGGCAGGCAGAGGGCGGCCAUGGAGGGCCAGACUGUGCGGGAUCAUCCUCAGCGGGCGUCCAGGAUUCUGCUGGACAUCGAGGCUGGUGCCCCAGUUAUUCUGAUUCCAGAAAGCUCCCGGUCACACAGGGUCAUCGUGGCCAAUCUCGGACAGCUGCGGGUACAAAACUGCUUCUUGCCAGCUGGGGCUCAUGGGACAUUUUCCCUUCGAGACAAGGUAGAGAAACUCACCAUGGCACAUGCCUUUUUCCCUUCUCUGGAGCGUGUCCAGAGGGCUGCAGAAAACACUAGUGAGCAAGAGAAACCUGGCGUUUCCUCCUCUACAGCUUUUACUCUUGGCAAACCACAAGCUACACACACAGCGGGAGUUGGUGAGCAACACCCCCCUCAAAGCAUAGACGACCACGUAUGUCUGUUGGACUGCAUUGCGCUGGACCUGCAGGAGAUGGAUAUCUUCGCUGCAGAGCGUCUGCCCGCUCAGCCCUGGGACGGCAGUGGUAAACCUGCGGAAAGCUCAGACCUCAUCUUCCCUUCGUACUCUGUGCGGCGCAGUGGAGACAACCUGCUGAAAGACCAUUGUCGACUGAAGCUUAAAGUGGAGCGCAACCUGGACAAGGAGCUGAGCCAUGCGGUACCUGACAUGACCAUUCAUGGCAGCCUGUCGUCAGUUCACUGCUGCCUGGACCGGGAGCGCUACCAGCUGAUCAGAGGCCUGCUGGAAAACAACCUGGGAGAGCCUGUUGAAGAGUUCCUGCGACCGUACAACCUGCAGGAUCCCAGCACAUAUACGGUGUUGAGUGGAGAUGUUUACACCAGCUUGUCGUUCCUGGUGGACAUGAUGGAUGUGAGUCUGGAGCUGCUGGACACCCCCAAAUGCUCAUUAUCAAGGUUUGACUUCAUGAAGUCUAAGCUUCUCUUUGAGAGUUUGUCCAAUGGAUCCAAGUCUGUCAACUUGGUGUCACACUCUCUGUUGGCAUAUGACACUCGCUACACGGGACUGCACACGAACACUGGAGGAACAGACGGAGCAAAGCACAAUGUGUUUGACUGCAUCCUCCAGCCAUCUAAAACGGGCACCAACCGGGCCUCACUGCAGCUGGAGCUGCACUACAGAUCCACUCGUGAGUCGUCCAGCUUCACAGUGGUGCUCAACAACCUUAGGGUGUUUCUCAUCUUCGAUUGGCUCCAGCUUGUUCGAGACUUUCUGCAUGUGCCGGUGGAGAGUCAGACAUCGAGCUGCACCGAGACCCGGCAGCGCUGGCCUAGUAACACCAGCACCGACUCGGGCUCCAGCACCAUGAACACGCCCGGGGCGGUCAUGCCAAAGACGGUAAAGAGCGGUGUGGUCACCAAGAGGUCCACAGUGCCAGUCAAUCAGGAGCGCUGCCUAGAGGUCAAGAUCAACGUCACAGGCACAGAGUUUGUGGUAGUGGAGGACUCGUCUUGUCUGGACACCAAUGCCAUCAUCCUGAAAGGAACCACAGUCCUCACCUACAAGCCUCGCCUGCAGGACAGACCCUUCUCUGGCAGCCUCGCUGGGAUAGAGGUGUUCUCAUGUCGGCUGGGUAGUGAGCAGGAGACGGCGCUGUCCAUCAUCGACCCGGUCAACGUGCAGGUGGAGCUGUGUGGAAGCCCCACCUACCAGAGCAGCUCGGGUCUACUAGAUGCCUUCAAUGUGGAGGACAUCCCACCUCUGCUGGAGAUUCAGUUUCCUACUCUGGAUAUUCGUCUGUCCUACAAUGACAUUCAGCUCUUCCUGGCUAUCGCCAAGUCCAUCCCUACGUCCAGCACCUCGGUGCCACCUGACUCUGAUGCUACUGCUUCCAGUGCUGAGGUGGCUGCUUCACCUAAAGACAGCUUCAGGUUAAAGACUGAGGCCCUAAUAGAGGGACAACUGAGCCAUUUACAAGACCUUGGCUUCAGGAAAGAGGACUGCAAAAGAGCUUUGAUGCUGUGUAAAGGCCAGCUGGACCAGGCUGCCACGUGGCUGCUGGAGAAUGCUGAAAACAUUGCGGGACAUCCCAGAACCAGGGCGGACUCCAGCUCCAGCAGCCACUCGGCUCCUCUGUCUGGGGUGGAGGUGAAGGCUGAGAGCGUGUGCAUCUGUUUCAUCGAUGACUGUCUGGACUGUGACAUACCACUGGCUGAGCUCACCUUCUCCAGGCUCUACGUGCUGCAGCGCAUUGGCUCCACGCAGGAAGGCAAUGCCAGCUUCACUCUGUCUGGAGACUACUACAACCGAGAGUUAUCGGGCUGGGAACCCUUCAUCGAGCCCUGGCCCAGCUUCCUCACCUGGCAGCAGCAGGCUGCCGGCCGCCUCCACCCGCCACGCUUCAAGAUGGGGAUUCGAGCCAAACAGAGGCUGGACAUCGACAUCACCUCUGUUCUGUUGGAACAAUACAACACCACCAAAAGCUCCUGGAUAGCUGACUACUGCAACGAGGACAUCCAGAACCCCCAGUGUUCAGCUCCUGAGCCGUGGAUGGGCUCCUCAGUCGACCCACCCAGCUUCACACAGAGUGCUCCUCUCACUCACCUUAGAACUAGGAGCACAGCCAGCUUGACCUGCCUCGAGCAGCAGAUUCCCUCCAGAGCAGACGUCAAGCUGUCCAAGAGGAGGCAGCCCUUCGUGCCAUAUGCUCUGCGCAACCACACAGGAUGCACCAUGUGGUUUGCUACUCUAACCACCACUCCCACGAGGGUGGCGCUGUCACACAGCAGCAGUGCAGACUCCAUCUCAGAUCUCCACGGCCCAGGAGCCGAUGACACCCACAACAUCAGCCAGUGGAGGGAGGUGCUGCCUGGGGAGGAGAUUCCCUUUGAGUUUGAGGCCCGUGAGAAACUCCGGCACCGACACACUCAUGAGCUGAAGCUCCACCAGCUGCUGGUGCGGGUGUGUGGAUGGGAACAGGUCAAGCCAGUGUCUGUGGACAAAGUGGGCGUGUUCUUCCGUUACGCAGCAGCGGACAGAACUAACUCGUCCAGCACGGUUGGCAGUCCAAUUAGCAGGACUAACAUCAUCCACCCACAUGUUUAUUUCUCGGCUCUGCCUCCAGUCAGAGUCGUCUUCUCCAUCUCCAUUGAGGGCAGUGCCAGGAAGGUCAUCACGGUUCGCUCUGCACUCAUGGUGAAGAACCGGCUGGACGUUCCCAUGGAGGUCAGACUGGACAGCCCCUCUGCUCCGGACAAACCUGUGGUGCUGCCUCCCAUCCAGCCGGGUCAGGCCCUGGCAGUUCCCCUCCACCUGACAUCCUGGCGGCUGCAGGCUCGACCCAAAGGUCUCGGCCUGUUCUUCUGUAAAGUUCCCAUCCACUGGACCAGCGUGGAGCGGCCCGGGGAGGUCAGCAGCAGUAAGAGGGAGUGCCAGUCAGCCAACUUCGAUGAUGAUCUCAAGCGGAACUUCAGAUUUUGUGUGGUGAUUAAAAAGGAGAACUACCCUGACCAGCAACCAGCCAAGAGGGUUUCUGACAGCGGAAAGCAGAUCUACCGCCAGCCGGGCCACACCAUCUUCCUGCUGCCUACCAUGGUGCUGGUCAACUUGCUGCCCUACGACUUCAACUACUACAUCAAAGGAACCUCCAUCAGAGGUUCCCUGAAGCCGGGGAAGGAGGCCGUGCUCCACGCGGCCGACACCUCGCAGAACAUGGAGCUAGGACUCCUGUUUGAGAACUUCUCCAUCUGCAAAGAGUUGCUUAUUCCUCCGGGGACUCAGAACUACGUGGUGCGCAUGAGGUUGUAUGACACCAACAAGCGUCUGCUCUGCCUCACCAUCCGCAUCAUACUGAGAGCACAAGGGGCAUUGAAGAUCCUCAUCUCUGCUCCCUACUGGCUCAUCAACAAGACCGGUCUGCCACUGAUUUUCCGCCAGGACAACGGCAAAACUGACGCUGCAGGUCAGUUUGAGGAGCAUGAGUUGGCCCGAAGCCUCAGUCCUCUGCUUUUCUGCUACACUGACAAGGAGCAGCCUGCUAUGUGCACAAUGCGGAUUGGGAAAGGGAUCCACCCAGAGGGAGUUCCAGGCUGGUGCCAGGGCUUCUCCCUGGACGGAGGAAGUGGGGUCAGGGCAGUGAAGGUUAUUCAACAAGGGAACCGGCCCGGCCUCAUCUACAACAUAGGAAUCAGUGUGCGGAAAGGACAAGGACGCUACAGAGACACUCACAUUGUGACCUUUGCCCCCCGAUACCUGCUGGACAACCACUCGACGCACAAGCUGGCCUUCGCUCAGAGGGAGUUUGCCAGAGGAAAGGGCACAGCCAAUCCAGACGGCUACAUCUCCACGCUGCCGGGCUCCAGCGUCGUCUUCCACUGGCCUCGUAAUGACUACGACCAGCUGCUGUGUGUGCGGCUCAUGGACACCCUCAACUGCACCUGGUCUGGAGGCUUCGAGGUCAACAAGCCCAAGUCCUUCCACAUCAACAUGAGAGACACUCUGGGGAACUGUUUCUUCCUGCGGACAGAGAUCAGCUUGAAGGGAGCCACCUACCAGAUCUCCUUCAGCGACACCGACCAGCUGUCACCUCCCUUCCGCAUUGACAACAUCUCAGAGGUGCCGAUCCAGUUCUGGCAGCACGGCGUGGCUGACAUGCGGCUGCACACGGAGGUGAAGGCAGGCUCAGAGCUGGACUACGCCUGCGAUGAGCCCACGCUGCCGCCCUACCUUACUCUGACCGUGAAGGGAGCCGGCUCCUCCGAGGUCACGGCCGACAUGAACUUCUUCAGAGAAUACAACAAACUGUACUACGAGAACUUCAUCUACAUCGCAGCCACUCGCACUUUCUCACAGAGCGCUGAAAAGAGGCCUGUUGGGAAGCAGCGUGUGGUGAGCUGUGCUGAACUCGUUCUGGAUGUGGACACCAAGACGCAAAGGGUCGUCCUGAAGAAGAAGGAACCGGGGAAGCGCUCCCAGCUGUGGAGGAUGACUGGGACGGGCAUGUUGUGUCACGAAGGCUCGUCUCCACCUCAGAGUAAACCAGCCCAGCCACGCCCACUGGACUCGUCUCUGGUGCUGGACAUCGCCGGCCUGGCAGCUGUUAGCGACAACAGUUUUGAACCUUUGAUGCUGAGACGACCCGAUUCACGCCGCAGCACCACCCAAACGUGGUAUUUCAGCUCAGGCAUGCUCACCUGCGGCCUUCCCCGGCUUGUGGUUCAGGUUAAAGGUGGUGAAGCUGGACUGUACGAUGGAGCAGAGGUGGUGCUGGGACCAGACUCUGGGCUGGAGGAGCCGGGUCCUGAGCAGCAGUUCAUCAACCAGAAGAUGAGACCCGGUUCUGGAGUGCUUUCGGUGCAGGUGCUGCCCGACGGACCCACACGUGUCCUGCAGAUCAGUGACUUCAACCAGAGGAGAAAUAUCAGGAGCUCACCCAGCACAGAGCAGGACAAGAUCAAAGAGGACGUGAAGAAAAAAGAGCCGGAGCAGGAGCUGGAGGUGUUGGUCAACCUGGAGGAGGGUCUGGGUGUGUCUCUGGUCAACAAGGUUCCUGAGGAGCUUCUGUUUGCUACACUGUCUGGCAUCGACGUCCACUUCACUCGCACUGCUGCUAACGAGGUGCUGGAGCUCAGCAUUCAGAACAUCCAGGUGGACAACCAGCUGCUGGGCACCACGCAGCCUGUGAUGCUGUGCGUCACUCCUGGCUCCAGUGACGUCAGCGUGAACGAGAGCGGCCCCGCGCUGCAGGUCAACGCGGUCAAAGUUCCCAGCAGCCUCAUGUUCACUGAGCUCUACAAGCACCUGAUGGUGACGGCGCGACGCUUCACAGUCAUCAUCGAAGAAAAACUGCUGCUGAAGCUGCUCAGCUUCUUAGGAUAUGGGCAGGCAGAAGCUGAGCUGGAGAAGCUGGGUGAAAACCUGCACGAGAAGCCCAGCGAGGACGCUGGACCCACCAAGCGCUACUACUUUGAGAACCUGAAGAUCAGCCUCCCCCAAGUCAAACUGAGUGUCUUCACAUCUCACAAGCUGCCUCCUGAUCUCAAGGCUCUUAAAGGAACCCUGGGUUUCCCUCUCAUUCGCUUUGAGGAUGCGGUCAUCAACAUGUACCCAUUCACCAGAGUUCACCCCUACGAGACUCAGGAGAUCAUCGUCAACGAUAUCCUUAAGCACUUCAGAGAGGAGCUGAUCAGCCAGGCAGCUCAGAUCCUGGGCUCCGUGGACUUCCUGGGAAACCCGAUGGGCCUUCUCAACGACGUCACCGAGGGCGUGUCCGAGCUGAUCAAGUACGGCAACGUGGGAGGGCUCAUACGCAACGUGACCCACGGCGUGUCCAACUCUGCUGCCAAGUUUGCAGGGACGCUGUCCGACGGGCUGGGGAAGACCAUGGACAACCGGCACCAGAGUGAGCGAGAGUACAUCAGAUAUCACGGAGCCACUAGUGGAGAGCACCUGGUCGCAGGCAUCCAUGGACUGGCUCACGGCAUCAUCGGAGGCAUGACGAGCAUCAUCACCUCCACAGUGGAGGGGGUGAAGACAGAGGGCGGAGUCAGUGGAUUCUUCUCAGGCCUGGGUAAAGGCCUGGUUGGGACCGUGACCAAACCGGUGGCUGGAGCUCUGGACUUUGCCUCCGAGACGGCUCAGACGGUGCGGGACAUGGCCAGUCUCAGUAACCACAGGCUCAGCGUGCAGCGGGUCAGGAAGCCUCGCUGCUGUAAGGGCCCUCAGGGUCUGCUGCCUCGGUACUCGUCCAUCCAGGCUGACGGACAGGAGCAGCUCUUCCACCUCACUGACAACAUCCACUCUGAGUUCUUCAUCGCCGUGGAGCCCAUAGACAGCUACUGCGUCCUCAUCUCCUCCAAAGUGGUCUACUUCCUGAAGCCAGGGGACUACGUGGACCGCGAGGCCAUCUUCCUGGAGGUCAAGUAUGAUGACCUGUACCACUGUCUGGUCUCUAAGGAUCAUGGGAAGGUGUAUGUACAGCUCACAAAGAAGGCUGAAAGCACCAGCAGCGGUGUGGCCAUCCCUGGCCCCUCCCACCAGAAACCCAUGGUCCACGUGAAGAGCGAGAGUCUCGCUGUGAAGAUCUCGCAGGAAAUCAACUACGCCAAGAGUCUGUACUACGAGCAGCAGCUGAUGCUGCCGGCCAGUGAGGACGAGGACUGCCUGCUGCUCGAGUCCUGACCUAGCGUUUCUUUAACCCUGACAGUGAUUUUUAUUUAUUUUCUAGGCCUCAGUUUGAAGUUUGGUGAGCUGCAGUGAAAGGGAAAGUCAAAUGGCUGAGCACUUUUAGUCCAAGCACAUACACGUAGACAUGAAGAGACAUGCAGGCCAGUGUUAAGCUGUGUAUGUAGAUGAUAACACACUGGAUCCUCCGUGUUUAUGUCUGUGAAUAGACAGAUAAUGAAUGGAGCUGCACAUAAAGCGCUGUAUAUACUGUUGAUUACAAAGUAAUACAGAACAGAACUGUUUAUGUAACAAACUGCCCAUAAAAUGUCAAAUGUAUUUUGUGUAAGAGACUCACCUGCUAAAGCUGCCGUCACUGACUCGUUUUCACGUCUACUUUUAUUUGUCUGUCUCUUAUGAGCUGCUGUAUUUUCUAAUCAUACUGAGCGAACAACUGUGUGAAGUUACUUAUUGAUUGCAGGGCUGUAAAUGUGUAGAGCAGCAACAGAGUUCAGGCUGUGAUUCCGUACAGUAAUGUUCACAUGGACACUACUUAAAAUAAAGAGCAACAGCACUGA